AUGGAGGCUCUGGCGGCGGUGCCUCGCCGUGCCAAGAGAAGGAAGCCGGAGGCGAGCCUGGAACAGGAGGGUGGAGCAAACAUCUCGCCACUGGUGCCAACGACGAGUGCACCUGAAUCCAAUCCUCCGAGUCCGGGAGCCGGAGGAGAUGAAUCCCACAUUCAAGAUCCACCGCCUGGAGCCGGUGGAGAAGAAGAAGAUGGGGUCGACCGAAUCAGCCUCCUCCCGGACGCCAUUCUAGGUGAGGUCAUCUCUCUCCUCCCCACCAAAGAUGCCGCCCGCACGCGAAUCCUCGCCACCCGGUGGCGCCAUCUCUGGCGCUCCGCCCCUCUCAACCUCGAUGGCGGUGACCUUCGCACCAUCGAUGUCGUCUCCCGCAUCCUCUCCUCCCACCGGGGCCCCGGCCGCCGCUUUCGCUUCCCUGCACAACUCCUAUGGGACAGCCCCGCCACUGUGGAUGCUUGGCUCCGAUCCUCCGCCCUCGACAACCUCCAGGAGAUUGACUGCUGGAUCCCCUUCAUUUGGGGGCCGCAGGAGUUGCAACCGCCACCUCUGCCGGCAUCUGCCUUCCGGUUCUCGUCAUGCCUUUGCGUCGCCACUCUCAGCCAAUGCCACCUCUCAGACGACGUCGCCCAGGCGCUUCAGUUCCCCAAGCUCAAGAAGCUCGCACUUCAAUCGGUCCGCAUUUCGGAGGAUUCCCUGCAUAGCAUUAUUGCUGCUUCUCCCGUCCUGGAGUGCUUGCUGCUUAGCACCAUAUUUGGCUUCCACUGUGUUAGGAUCAACUCAGCUAGUCUUACAAGCAUUGGGGUGGGUCAUGCUGAUGAUGGGUAUCAAACAUCAGCGACAUUCCUAGAAAAAUUCAUCAUCGAGGAUGCCCCUUGCCUUAAAAGGAUUCUGUAUCAUCGACCACCACAAACGGGCAUGCCACUGCAAGUAUCAGUUAUUUCAGCACCCAAUCUGGAGACCUUGGGUUGCCUAAAUUAUACUGAUUACUGUUCCUGGUUUGCAAUGGGCUCUAUGAUUAUUGAGCCAUACGACAUGAUGGAAUUCCGGAUCAUUAACUCGACAACGCCCGCGUGUACUGUCAAGAUUUUAGCAGUCAAUAUUUUUAUUCUUAGCCUGGAUGAGAUUAUUGACUUCAUGAGAUGCUUCCCAUGCUUGGAGAAGUUGUAUAUCCAGGCAUACAGGGGAGACCAGAAUUUAUGGCGCCGUAAACAUCAUAAUCUUAUUAAAUGCCUUGACAUCCGUCUCAAGACAGUCGUGUUGAAUAAUUAUCGAGGCAUAAAGUCACAAGUUAACUUUGCCACAUUCUUUGUACUGAACGCAAAGAUGCUGGAGUCAAUGACAUUUGAGUGCCAAAGGGACAGUGUGACUGAUAGAUUUCUUGCAGAGCAGCAUCUGCUGCUCCAGCUGGAGAAAAGGGCUUCAAGAUGUGCUCGGGUUUAUUUUACUACUAAAAGAUGUGAGCAUGACUUUAUGCAUAUCAAUCAUGUCCAUGAUUUGUCUAAAACUGAUCCCUUUGAAUGUGAAGAAAAAGGGGCAGGUGUAUGCGCAUCCUUUGAGUAG